CACCUUUGCGUCUGAGUGAAAUUAGUUACUCUUAAAUUUUUCUCCUCUACACUAAAUAUAAUCCAGGCGCAGGAUCUACAAAAGUAACAAAAGGUACAUUACACUCGAACAAUCGGGCCAAUGUCGUACAUUUGGCAACGUAGGUUUCGUUGUCGGCAUCUCCGUAGCGUCCUUCCUGAUCUGAAAAUCUGAAAACUUCGUUGUCAAUGAGAAUAGUUUUCGUAAAGCGGUUUAAUUUUAUGAAGUGUUGUAUGCAAUAAUAGACCAGGAAGUUUGUAAAGUAAGUUUUGUUUGCUGUGCACAAGUGUUCAAUUUAAAACGAUAUACAUCGUCGGUAGUUAUUAAAGAAUGAAAAUGACGGAUGCCAAAAGCGAGCACUUUUCGUUGCGGUGGGAUAACUUCCACAGCAACCUGUCCACUAGUUUCCACACCCUGCUGCAAGGGGAGGAGCUGGUGGACGUGACGAUCGCGGCGGAGGGCCACUUCGUGCAGGCCCACAAGCUGGUGCUGUCUGUGUGCAGCCCGUACUUCAAGAGCCUGUUCAAGGUGAACCCCUGCAAGCACCCCAUCGUCAUCCUCAAGGAUGUGGGCCACAAGGAGCUCGUCGACAUUUUGGAGUUCAUGUACCGCGGCGAGGUGGACGUCAGCCAGGAAGACCUCACAGAGUUCCUCAAGACUGCCGAGAUGCUGCAGGUUAAGGGGCUGACUGGAGAAGACUCGCCAGGGGAAUCCGGGGAACAGGAAAAUGUAAACAAAGACAUGCCAGUAGAUCCGUCACCAAGUCCACAAUCAAGCAAGAUGAAGUCAAUGCCUAAACCUUCAGUAAAAUUUGUUGCAUCGGCUCGGCCCUCGACUCCACAGACACCGAUCAAGGCUGAAGAAGUGGUACAGCCACCGCCCCAGAAGCGAAUGCGCCAAGAACAGUCACAGCUGAGUCACAAGCGGCAUUCGCCCAGCCUGCCCCACGCGACUUUGCCACAGGCACCCGCGCCCAGCCGCAAUCCAGUGUCCAGCACCAGGGAAUCCAGCAAAGAAGUGGAGUUCGUCGAAAUGCCUAACCCCAAAGCCGAGCCAGUGGAAGUUGACUCUGACAUUGAGGAAGUGGAAGCUACUUUUGACGAUGGCACAGACUUCUCGGAAUUCUUUGGAGGGCAGAGUAGUCAGUCGUUUCAAGAUUUUCAAGGAAUGGGGCUGCCGGAUGGACAAUCUGGUUCAUCCCAAGGAAUGGGCAUGUUACAAGAAGGCGAGCAAGGUGUGAACGGCUACAUUUACAGUCGCCAGCGCUCCCGCCAGCUGGUCUUGAACAGCUACAUCUUCAACGUUUUCCGCGACACGGGCAAGAAGAAGUCGUGGAAGUGCAGCGAGUAUGGGAAGGGCUGUAGAGCCGGCUGCAUCACCAUCUGCGACAGAGUCGUGAGCGCGCGUGCCCUCCACAACCACAAGAACCACGCGGAAAAGAUUCAGGAGAAACGCUUGCUGAACCAGAUGAUUUACUUGAAUUAAACCAGGCACAGUAGCAGAACAGUGUAAUUCAAAGUCGUCCAGGGCUUCAUAGACAGUGGCAGAGGGUCGCACCAGUUGGUGUGCGACAACUACAUCUCCUACAUCUUCAACGCGCGCGAGAAGAGGGAAGGGAAGACCGCGAGUACGGGAACGGCUGCCGCGCGGGAGGGCAGGCUGGUGACCUCCCACACUGCGACCACGGCGGCAUGGUCGGGCAGAAGCUGUCGCGGGCGAGAGCGACCACCGUGUGACCGUCAGGGCCUCGCUGUGACGGUCGUGGUUCAUGAUGUUGUGUGUGCACAGUGGCACAUCCUGGCAGGUUCACACGUUGGCCAUUUCGUAAAUUAACUUUCAAUGCAACGUGACAGGGAUGGGCCAGCUUCACUCUUUUCGAGGGCCAAUUUAUUGUUUUUGAAACUAACCUAAGGGCUGACUAACAUGAACUAAUCAUAAGUAGGCGCAGGCAUUUUUCGCAAAUAAAUCUGAGCGCCUAUCAGACUGCAACAAAGUAUACGCGUACCAGUGGUUUCUUCCUUGUGACUGGCGGCUGUCUGCGAGAUAAGCCAAUGCCUUAUUUGACCGGGCCAAUCAGGACUUGUUUGCUUCCGCACUGACUCACGGUGAUUGGUGUUGUAAAAAUCUACAUUGACCUGAAAGAAACUCGCCCAAUUAAGAAACACAGAUGAUGCUACAGUGUUUUAACUUUCAGCUAGUCUCAGAAUCUUUUCGCGAAAUUUGCAUGCCCCUAAUCAUAAGUUUCGUACAGUUUUUGUCAGUUUAUUCAGUGGAACAACAAUUAACACAGUAUGUUCGAAAAUGAACUCGCUUUAAAAUAGCUGUGAAGUAUUUGCUAAAAAUUAUCAAUAUAAGAAUAAUUAUGAAACAAUAUAUACUAAACAAAAAUAUUAAUAUUUUUUUCCAAAAUAUGGAAUAUUAUGGCUUCUAAAAGUGUCUGCUGACAACUUUUUCUAUGUACAUGCAAACAAAGAUGGCUAAUGCACGACAAUAUACCUGAUAAUAUUUAUUUGUUAAACAAUUAUUUACGCGGGCCUUGCGAAACAAUGUCGUGGCCUGGAUCUGGGCCGCGGUUAGUCAUCGCUGAAAUAGGAGAAAUGUCCGGUUGAAAGAAAAAGAUUUUUUUAUUGUUUUUUCACUGCAAUAAUGUUAAAAUAUAUUUUUAACUGCUUAUAAUAAUAUUAGCUUCAGCUAUUUGAUCCUGCAGCAAUUAGUUUUUCAAUAUUGUCAAACUGUAACAAAAGUGUUUUCUACUUCUUGAUUUGAUUCUUUUAAUGAAGUCCUAGGAUACUGCAAUGCAAUAGACGUAGAUGUUUAGUUUUCAGGAAAUUUGUAUAAGCUUCUGUAAGUAAUUCAUUACUAAUUUCGCUUUUGUACUGUUGCAUAGCGAACACAAUCUUAAUUUUAUACUACCGUAUUUACUCGCAUAUAGGUCGCCAUCGCAGAUAGGUCGCACCCAUAAUUUGAGGUCUUGAAUUUGGUAUUUAAGAUUCCCCCCAUAUAGGUCGCACCGGUAAUUCAUUACCACACCGUGCGCGGAGAAAGGUCAUUGUACUCGAUCAGCUGCUGUUACGACGCGCCUGCUGGCUCUCUUUGUUCACUGAGCUGCGCAUGCGCAGUAUAACUCACUCAACGCUCUGCCCAGACUCUUGACCUUGCAUCAGCAGCCAGCCAAUAGAUGCGAGCUUAGCGGAAAAAAAUAUAAGCUCCACCUCCCGUGUACCAGUUUUGUCCAGUUCUAAUACCAGUUUAUUGGUAUUCGCACCAGUUUUCUCGCUGCCGUGACAUGUUCAAGUUUACGUCCAUCUUGAUGUCUUGAUACCAAUAAUUAAUUAAUUACGAUCCCCAGAAAUAAAUUGUUAGUUUAAAAAAUAUGCUUCAACUGUACAAUACUUCCGAAAUUAUAAAAUACGUAUAAAACAGUUACCAAGACUCCGCUCAUUUUAUCUCGUACCAGUAUUUCGGCUAAGUUGUGACAUAAAUACUGUAUCAGAAAUUAACAAUCAGCCACGUUCAUACAUUCGUGAGUUUACGUUUUUCCCUCGUGCAUUUUAGAUUGUCUCCUGCUGUAAUUACUCGGAUUGUUACACGCCUAGGCUUAAAUUAUUACAUGUUUAGAAAUAAAAGCAACUUUUCAUGUUAUAAAAUAUGUAUAUUUUGCGAUUUAAAAUGUUCAUUGCCGACUAUAAACGUUACAUUUUUCAUGAUGUUUUUAGGCCUACUAGCUAAUCUUAUCUACUCUUAAAGUACCCACGGUAUUUUCUGGUUGUUUAUGGUUGUUACGUGAUGUAAAUAGUGGGAUGAAUUCGAUUUUUGAGACGUAAUUCGCGUGAAAGUAUUGUAUUGGACUAAAUGGGAACUAAACGGGACCUGAAGAAUAUAGUGCAAAUAACGGGAAAAUGUAAAUAACGGUAACGUAAAUAAGGGGUUUUGCUGUGUGUACAUUGUAAAUAAAUUUGCCUAUACCUAUAUCAACUUCUUUUUCGCAUUUUAAAGCAAAAUAUUGCAAAAAAAAUUCCUCAAAAUUUUUAAAAAAAUUUUCUUCACAUAUAGGUCGCACUUCAUUUUGCUCCCAUCAAAUCUGGUAAAAUUGCCGCGACCUAUAUGCGAGUAAAUACGGUAAGUUAACAUUUAGUGGAAAGUGGAUGUAUAAUCCUUAGGGCACUGAAAUUUUCGCGAACCGCGAAAUAAAGCGAAAUAACGCGAAAUGUUAGCAAUUUUAAUUAAAACACGAAAUUACACACGAAAAACCCUUUUCGCGAAAUUGACCCGAAAUCUGCUUACUUGUACACGAUUUUUUGACUGGAAAGGUCAAUUAAAUUAAUAACAACAUAGACAACAUUUAAUAAUCAGUACAGAUUCCUAAACACAAAUUUCCCACCUAAAGACUACUUUAUUAACCACUUUUCAUCUUCGUUCAUGUAUCAAAACAAACAUAAUGGCUUCGGUACCAACUGUAUAAAUACGACUUUUGCGAGACGUUUUUUGAGUUCGAAAGUAUCGAUUCAAGAAUCGAGUUGUAUACUUCGCUAUCACGUUUACGCUUAAAAUCAUAGUUUUCUUCCUGUAUUUCAUCAGUUUAACAUUUCCAUACGACUCGGUCCCAUUUACGGUUUAUUUAAUAUGAGAAUCGAUACCUUAAAAUGAAAUUACCGCCUGCGAAAAAUGUUUUGUAAAACGUGUGAGUUAAUCUCUGGCUGCACAGAUUACUACUACGGCCAUGUCACGAGGAGAAUAAGAACAAAGGCAAGUCUAUGUUAUUGUUUACAUAGAUCGUGACGCUUUCGUAUGAAAGAUAUUUUUUGUAAAUGUAAGCCUUGUAUGCUCAAAAAGCCUAAAGUAGUGACUGUUUUCGAUCGUGCACUCGAAUUUUAAAGUGAAGGCGGUAAAUAUGUAGUAAAGCGGUAUUUGCGAAAAAAAUGUUAAAAAUCCGAAAAUACUUUUAUUAUAUGCUCUUUAACUUCCUCUUUUCAUUAAACCCGGCGGGGAUAAGAAAUUUCAAAUACUUAAUUUUAUAAGGAGAUAUCGAAUUUUUUAAUUUUCAUAGUUGGGCGAUAUUUAUUAAAAAAAAAAAUUAAAAAUUUCGAAAAUACUUUUAUUCUAUGCUCUUUAACUUCCUCUUUUCAUUCAAACCCGGCGGAGAUAAGAAAUUCCAAAUACUUCAGGAGACUGAAUUGUCAAUUCUGGAAACAUGUCUUUUAUUCAUGUAGGCCUAUUCUUUUAAUGAUUUUUAAACUCUGAUAAUGUUAAAAUUACUUUUAUGGAACUCAAAAUCAUUCGUAUAAUUUAAGGAUUAUGAUUGUAGUAUGGUUUCUAUUUUUAUGUAUUGGUUUUGUAUUUUUACAUUUUUCUCCAUGAUUUUAGAGAGCAGUUUUUUAUGACGAAAUGAGACUAUUUUUAUGACGAAAUCAAGAUAUUUUUAUGACGAAAUCUGUUAAUUUUAUUUACCAUGAAAGUGGGGCCCUAAUAAUCCUAUAAAUGAAAGUGAUCUGAUCUUGAGUAUAGUAAUUUGUGACAGUGCUCAGUAUAAAAUAACCUCAAAGCGUGAUAUAUAUAUAUAUAUAUUUUUUUUUUUAAAAAAGAAUGUAAUGCAGCAUUAUUCAUGUACUAACACCACAAUCAGCGAGAGUAAGGGUCUGUUUUCCUACGCAUAAAACCAUCUUCAGGUGACGAAGGAAAUCUAAGCUUACAGUUUGUGUAGAGAAGCAUGUCACUCAUAAGCCAAGAUGACAAUUAAUGAACCCUGCAUUUCUGAUCUCCAUAUCUUGUAAAACACUAAUAGUUCUUGAUUUUAAUUUUAAAAAGUUAUGUGACAGUUAAUUCGUUGAUUCUCAUUAUUCCCUAAGUGUUGAUUGACUGUAUCAAGACUGUAACAUCCGUACAUGGAAAUUCCAAUAAUUAUUUUCCAGUUUAGCCAAAGUAAUUUUUAUUAAUUAUUUUUGGUUUUUUAAGUUUGUGGAAUCGAUGUGACUAUUUAUUUCUGAAGUGCUUUAAAACUCUCUUAGGUACUGGUAAUUAGAAUUGUAUUUCAUCUUAUAACAAUUACUGUAAUGUCGAAUGAAGUGUAAAAAUACUAUGUAGAUAUAUUUUCGUGGUCACUAAUCAUUAGGCCUACAUUAGGAUUUUUAUUGUUGUUACAGUAUGGGAUCAUACAGCAUUUUGUACAAAAGUCUUUUAUUUAAAUAUUAUCUUAAUUUUAAAGCCAUAUUAGGCUCAACAUUCUUGACUUAUUCAGCUGUCAAUGACAUAUUUUGUAACUAAUCUUAAAAUCACAAGUUUUGUAAACCACAAUCAGAAUCGAGCUGGGAAUACAAAAAAAAAAAAACA